CCCCACAUAUAAAAUUGUAACCAAACCCUAAAGAAAUAUAGGGAGUUGAUUUUUGACCAGACCCUUUUUUGCUUUGAAAACCAAUGCAUGAACGCUUUGACCCCUCUCUCUCUCUCACACACAACGGUCAAGGAAAGUUCUUCCCUCUCUCCUUCUCUCGAAUAUUAUAAUGAAAAGCAUGUUGGAGAUGAUCAAAGUUGACAAAGAAAUAUAAUUUAAGUUCUCUUGUAAGUGCUUUUACCUAAUCUCCCACCAACCUCAAACGGCUUCUUCUAUAUAUAGUCUCUUAUCAAACUCCAUUCAUCAACCAAGUCUCUUAUCAAAAAGCACAUAGAUUUGCCUCCUACCCCCAAAACCAUAUCUAUAUAAACCAUUUCCCCCUCUUUCAAUCCCUCAAUAGCUUCUCUUUGGAUCUUUCUCUAUUUAGAUAUGGCUUCCAAUGCCUUCGUUUCUCUCUUUUCAAUGCUUGUUGUUUCUCUUGUUACUAAGUUCAUAUUCCCCAUGUCUCCACUUGCUUUUGGAGUAACCAUCUUCCUUGUUCCUCUCCUUACGUAUAUCAUCUCUUCCAUGGCCUUCUCCUCCAAGCUUCCUCCUGGCCCUCUCUCCAUUCCCAUCUUUGGCAAUUGGCUCCAAGUUGGCAAUGAUCUCAACCAUCGCCUUCUUGCUUCCUUGUGCAACAAAUUUGGCUCCAUAUUCCUCUUGAAGCUCGGUUCCAAGAACCUCGUUGUCGUCUCUGAUGCCGAGCUUGCUAGCCAAGUUCUGCAUGCUCAAAGUGUUGAGUUUGGCUCUCGCCCUCGAAAUGUCGUGUUUGAUAUCUUCACUGGAAAUGGUCAAGAUAUGGUGUUUACGGUUUAUGGAGACCAUUGGCGUAAGAUGCGAAGAAUCAUGACUUUACCGUUUUUUACGAACAAAGUUGUGCACAAUUACAGUGGCAUGUGGGAGGAUGAGAUGGACUCUGUGGUUCGUGACCUUAAGAAUAACAAGAAGUUUCAAUCAGAAGGGAUAGUUAUUAGAAAGCGUUUGCAAUUGAUGUUGUACAAUAUCAUGUAUAGAAUGAUGUUUGAUGCAAAGUUUGAGUCCCAAGACGAUCCUUUGUUCAUUGAAGCAACUCGAUUCAACUCAGAAAGAAGUCGGUUGGCACAAAGCUUUGAGUACAACUAUGGAGAUUUCAUUCCAUUGCUCAGACCCUUCUUGCGAGGUUACUUGAACAAGUGUAGGGAUUUACAGAGUAGGAGAUUGGAUUUCUUCAACAAAAACUACGUUCAGGAACGAAGGAAGAUAAUGGCUGCCAAUGGAGAUAAGCACAAGAUAAGUUGUGCCAUGGAUCAUAUCAUAGAUGCUCAACUGAAAGGUGAAAUUAGUGAAGAGAAUGUGAUUUACAUUGUGGAGAACAUCAAUGUGGCCGCUAUAGAAACAACACUUUGGUCGAUGGAAUGGGCGAUAGCUGAGUUGGUGAAUCAUCCGGAAAUCCAACACAAGAUUCGAGAGGAGAUUGCUAACGUCCUAAAAGGAAAGGAAGUGAUGGAAUCUAACCUUCAUGAACUGCCAUACUUACAAGCAACAAUCAAAGAAACACUUAGGUUGCACACUCCAAUACCAUUGUUGGUGCCACAUAUGAACUUGGAAGAGGCAAAGCUUGGAGGGUACACCAUUCCAAAGGAAUCCAAGGUGGUUGUGAAUGCUUGGUGGUUAGCAAACAACCCCGAGUGGUGGAAAAAUCCAGAGGAGUUUAGGCCAGAAAGGUUCUUUGAAGAAGAAAGUGGAAUAGAGGCCGUUGCUGCAGGGAAAGUGGAUUAUCGAUUCUUACCAUUUGGAGUUGGAAGGAGGAGUUGUCCUGGAAUUGUUUUAGCAAUGCCAAUCUUAGCACUCAUUGUUGCCAAGUUGGUUUCAAAGUUUGAAAUGAAGCCUCCAAAUGGGAUAGAGAAGAUUGAUGUCACAGAGAAAGGAGGACAAUUCAGUCUGCAUAUCGCCAACCACUCGACGGUUGUUUUUGACCCCAUUACUGCUUAAUUUUCCUACAACAUAUUUCCCAUAAUUCUCUCUUCUUGGAUUGAAUUACAUUAUUUUUUAAUCUCAUGUUGAGAUAAAAAUCAAUCUCAACAGAAAUUUAUACUUUUGAAAAUAGCUAAAUAUUUAAUUCUCAUCUUUAAUACAAUAAAUCAUUUUUCAGUUAUUUUAA